UUUAUAUCUGAGCUUCAGAAGGUCCACUUGUGCGGUGCGAAUAACGACUCGAACAUAUAUAUAUAUCAAUAAAUAAAUAUAUAUAUAUAUAUAUAUCAACAUAUAUCAAACUGAUUGUGUCAAAUUUUUCGAUACUCAACAUGAAAUUCUAUUUGUCGGUAUUUGCUGCACUUGCCUUUUUGGCAUACGUCAGUUGUGAGUCGUGCGUGCAGUGCCACUCCAAAUCUGAUGCGCGCUGCGCCACAGACCCGCUCAACAUAAUGUCCAAAGACUGCGCCAACAACACAGUGUGCUACACACGCGUAUUGGAUGGGUAUACGAUUCGUGGAUGUGCCAGCGAACUGGAUAAUGCCACAUUGAAAUCAUGCAACAAUGAGCUCGAGUGCCUGACCUGUACCUUCAUGGAUGGCUGCAAUCGUCAGAUUUUCCCACAGUACCGCCUUAAGUGCCUACAGUGCUCCGGCAACUCAAUCAACUCAACGUGCGCAACCGAGAAUCAUGCCUACAGCAAAGUGUGCGAAACUUAUCGUCUGGGUGACAAGUGCUUUAUCCGCAACAGCAAUCGUGUGGCCAACGGCUCCUUCCAGCGCGGUUGCCUAAGCAGCGCCCAGGCCAACAAGCAGUGUAUUGCCGGUGGCAACUGCUACACCUGCGAGGGUCACGGCUGCAACGCUCUCCUGGCCAAUGACACGCUUAUCCCGAUUGCACGCGACGGUGCCGCCACAGUGCUCCUAUCGCUGGCCCUUCUGCUCGCCUGUGGUCUCGCCAAUUUUGCGCUGUAGGUCACGUGAGCUGCCACUAGUUGCUAGUUGCUGGUUCCUAGUUGCUAGUUGCUAGUUGCUAGCUGCCGUUGGCUGUUGAGCAUUUAACGACAUUUUCAUUUGGUAUUUUCGAUUUUUUUUUGUAUGCUGUAUUAGAAAGAACAUUGUGCAUUUGAAUUUGUUUGCAUAUGUCUUAAAUAUAAAUAUAUAUAUUUUAAAUAAAAUAAAACUCGACAAAACAACAAAACAAACCAUACUUGAAUGG